AUGGGUCAAUCGAAUUGGUGGAUUGCCACCACCACCAACACCACCACUUCGCAACAAGUUUUAUACUCAUCGGGAUCAUCGAGUAGCGGAGUACAAUGGACACCAAAACCUCUGAACAAGUGUUCCGCACAAGAUUUAAUUGCUCUGAUGGAACAUUACAAAUUUUCUGAACGUAUCAAUUAUGACAUGGACGAUAAGAUUAAAACACAUGAUUUGGGAGGUUAUGAAUUUACCGAUCUGGCAAGCCAUGUGGCUUUAAAUGAUGAAAAUAGAAUGAGACAAGAGAAAGAGAGACUGAUCGAGCAUCUAUCAACGAAAUUACAAAUUCCCAAACAUGUCGCAAAUGCAUUUAUUUCAGAGGUCGUUUUGGAAAAAAUCAAAAACGACAUGAAACAGUCACAAGAACUUGUGAACACCAAGACAACAAGUGAAAGUACAUUCGAGAAGUAUAGAGCGACAGUGAUGCCUCGAUCGAUGGAUUCAGAUAGUGGAGCAGUCUCUUCAAGUAAUAAUAAUAUGAAGGUUGUUGAUUGUUCAACUUUCAAUGUUGAAGACGUAUUUACUGACUCGAGUCUCAGCGAUUGGGAGAAGAAAGGAAUUAUUCUUUUUAAGAACAAGUUAAAAGAAUUUGAAAAAUUGCUUCUCUCUCGCAAUAAUACACUACAAGCUCAAGGAUACACUGGAAAUUAUGAUGCCGAUGCUCAAAAUUCUGUGUGUGAAGAUCGAUUCAUGUACAAAACAUUUGGAAAACCAAUUUUAGCAAACAAGAAAAGAAGAGAUAUGAGUAGUGCGCCCUUUAUUGCUAUUAAAUUGGUAAUUUCAGAAUUAGGAGGCAAUUAUUUGGAAAAAUUUGCAAGACAAAUCAUUGCAAAUGCUGUCGAAACAGAAUUUGGAAUUUUGCAUACAGGAAUACUUGUUGGAGAAUGGAAAUUUGAUUGGUAUGACAACUCUAUUGUGGCAGUAAGAAUGGACAAGAAUAUUAGCUCUUCAAAUUCAAUUUCUGUAAUUGAUUUGGGGUAUUUGACUCAUUUAGAUCAAAUUAAGAAUGCAUUCGAAAGCGUUGCUAAAGUGUGUUGCAUUUAUAAUGCAACCAAGACGUAUAGUCAACGCAAUUGCAAUUGUCAACACUUUGUGAAAGAUGUUUUAGAUGCUAUUGGUGUUACAAAACCUUCUGGAGGUUCGUUUGACAAAUAUUUCGAAGAUCUCAAGAAAGGUACUACAAAGAGAAAGUAUUACUAUUCAAAUACUCUUCAAUCGAUGAUGGAGUCCAAUCCAAAAGCAGAACAGUACAAAGAGUUUUAUGAAAGAACAGAAAUUGAGUUCAAAGACAGAGUUACCAUUGACCUAUUUUGUCACUGGAUCGACUCAUUGAAAUAUUUUAGUACAGAAGAAGGAAAGAUUGAUUUUCGGUUGUUAAAAGCUUUUGACAGAAGUUUCUGCAUUUCAGGAAUUUCACAAGGUCUAUCUGUGGUUGAUUAUUCAACUUCAUCAGGCAUGAAAAAUCAAUCAUUCUUUGGUGUUCGAGGAGACCCAGAAGAAAAUAGUAUUAAGAGGAUCGAAUACAAUGUCAGAGAUCUAUACAUUCCUGUUCCCAAUCCUAACAAUAGAAAAGCUCGAACGAUCACAAAUCUGUAA